CGUAAAGUACGAACCACUUUAAAUACAAAGAUAAAAGAUGCCACUUGGAACUCUUCAUCUUCACUACUCUGACCUCUAGGAGAAGAGAAGAAAAAGAAUGGUUUUCCAUAAAGAAUACCUUGAUUUGUUGUUGGUCCCAAGUGGGCUCUCCAUUAUGUUCAUUUACCAUCUCUAUUUGCUCUAUAGAUACCUCACUAUUCCUCAUACCACUCUCAUGGGCUUUGAGAACAAUGACAAGAGAGCUUGGGUUGAAAGAAUUAUGCAGGCUUCAGAUAGCAAGAGUAUAGAUACAGCUCUAAAUGUAUUAGGAUCCAAUAACAAUGGAGCAACAUUCUUGGCAUCAGUUUCAUUAACAUUAUGCGCUCUCAUUGGAGCCUGGAUGGCUAACAACACUGUUUUCAAUAGUAUAAUAAUCUAUGGUGACACAAGGCCAGAAACCAUGUCAAUCAAGUUCAUAAGACUAUUAAUCUGCUUCUUGAUUGCUUUUGCAUGUUUUGUGCAAUCAUCUAGAUGCUUCAUUCAUGCAAAUUACUUAAUCAGUACACCAGAUACUGAUAUACCGAUUAGCUAUGUUGAAUUGGCUGUGAUAAGAGGAGGUGAGUUUUGGUCACUUGGGCUUAGAGCACUUUAUUUUGCAACUACACUGCUCUUAUGGUUUUUUGGUCCAAUUCCCAUGUUUGUUACUUCAAUUGGGAUGGUUUUCUUCCUCCAUAACAUUGACAAAAACACAAAGCCAUUGCACAAUCAUCGAUCUUCCGGUAAAAGCAAUCAGUUUUACAAGAGAGUUGAAGAAACUACAAGCAGGGCAACUCUGCUUUAGGCCAAAUUUCACCCUGGCUAGUCCCUAGUGCUCAAUCUUGAUGUACUAUUUAAACAAUUGUAAAUGAACUUUGGAAACACAAGGAACUUGUUUAUUUAAUUUGUAAAAAAAAAUGCCCUAAUUUUGGUAUUGGAGUAAUUGGUAUGUAAAUUUACUUAAGAUCACAUUUACAAGCCACCACAUCAAGGAUUCUAAUUUUAUGUAAAUAUUAUAAGCCCUGGCUAGUGCUCAAUCUUGAUGUAACAUAAAUAAUUGUAAAAUGAACUUUGGAACAUAAUUAAGGGAACUUAUUCGUUUAA